AUCAACACAACACAUAAAUACCCACACGAUGAUCGCCAUAGGACUCGAAGGAAGCGCCAACAAGAUUGGGAUAGGCGUCAUUUCUCAUCCUGGACCAGAUAAGCCGCCUAUCAUUCUCUCAAACCUCAGACAUACGUACAUUUCCCCGCCAGGCGAGGGCUUCCUCCCAAAGGACACAGCACUACAUCACCGAGCAUGGGUUGUGAGAUUGAUAAAACAGGCGGUGCGACAAGCUGGCGUGAAGAUUGAGGAUAUUGAUUGCAUAUGUUACACAAAAGGACCUGGCAUGGGCGCUCCAUUACAGAGUGUUGCGCUUGCAGCCAGGACCAUCAGUCUGCUCUGGGGGAAACCCAUAAUAGGCGUGAACCAUUGCGUUGGGCAUAUCGAGAUGGGCCGCGCAAUAACUCACGCCGAUAACCCCGUUGUGCUGUACGUCUCAGGUGGCAACACUCAGGUGAUCGCAUACUCCGCCCAACGCUACCGUAUCUUUGGAGAGACACUCGAUAUUGCGAUAGGAAACUGCAUCGACCGUUUUGCUCGCACCCUCAUGAUACCGAACAACCCUUUCCCCGGAUACAAUGUCGAGCAGCUGGCGAAGAAGGGCAAAAAUCUGGUCGAUCUGCCGUACGGCGUCAAGGGCAUGGACGCGAGUUUCUCCGGCAUCCUGGCUGCUGCUGAUCUCCUCGCGCGAGGACUCGAUGAAUCACUCCCUCACGCAAAACGAUUGAAGACAGAAGACGGAGAAAUUGUUACACGAGAAGACAUGUGUUUCUCACUCCAAGAAACCAUCUUCGCCAUGCUCGUCGAGAUCACUGAGCGCGCAAUGGCACACGUUGGGUCGCAACAGGUUCUUGUCGUUGGUGGCGUGGGCUCCAACGAGCGGUUACAACAAAUGAUGGGUAUGAUGGCGAGGGAUCGAGGGGGCAGUGUCUUUGCGACUGAUGAGCGGUUUUGCAUCGACAACGGGAUUAUGAUCGCGCAUGCUGGGUUGCUGGAGUACGGCACAGGAGUGAGGACAGAUUUGGGGGAUACAACGUGUACGCAGAGGUUUAGGACCGACGAAGUAUUCGUAGGGUGGAGAGAUUGAGUGUGAAACAAUGAGAUACCCCGGACUGAUGUUCGCCAGCUUUUGACACAGCUGGUGCUGAAAAUGCUGGCGACUUUGCCGUUCAAUAUGUAUUUUGUACGGGCAAGUCUCAUAGUACCAUUUCCCCCCAACCGAGAUUCCCUACAUGUACAACUUGUUUUGCCUACUUCGUACUUUGACAUUUCGCCAGCCGGCGAGCCUCGCCAUGUCUUGUUCUUCGAUCGUUUUCGGUAUAUGCCACUCAGGCUGGAGG